GGGGACAUCGGAAACUAUUACUAUGGUCAAGGUCACCCCAUGAAGCCUCACAGGAUCAGGAUGACUCACAACCUUCUUCUCAACUAUGGUCUUUACAGAAAAAUGGAAAUCUAUCGACCUUACAAAGCAAGUGCCGAGGAGAUGACCAAAUACCACAGUGAUGAUUACAUCAAAUUUCUGCGCUCCAUUCGCCCAGAUAACAUGUCUGAAUACAGCAAGCAGAUGCAGCGAUUCAAUGUUGGAGAAGAUUGCCCUGUGUUUGAUGGACUGUUUGAGUUCUGCCAACUUUCGGCUGGGGGCUCUGUUGCAAGCGCAGUGAAACUAAACAAGCAGCAGACUGACAUCGCGGUGAACUGGGCUGGAGGCUUACAUCAUGCCAAGAAGUCAGAGGCUUCUGGCUUCUGCUACGUCAAUGAUAUCGUCCUGGCUAUCUUGGAAUUGCUGAAGUACCACCAGAGAGUGCUGUAUGUUGACAUCGACAUCCACCAUGGCGAUGGCGUGGAGGAAGCCUUCUACACCACAGACCGUGUCAUGACAGCGUCCUUCCAUAAGUAUGGGGAAUAUUUCCCAGGAACUGGGGAUCUGCGGGAUAUUGGUGCGGGUAAAGGAAAAUAUUAUGCUGUCAACUAUCCUCUCCGGGAUGGGAUCGAUGAUGAAUCUUAUGAAGCCAUUUUCAAGCCGGUGAUGUCUAAAGUGAUGGAGACAUUCCAGCCAAGUGCCGUUGCACUGCAGUGUGGCUCGGAUUCCUUAUCAGGGGACAGGUUGGGUUGUUUUAAUCUGACCAUUAAAGGUCAUGCCAAGUGUGUGGAGUUCAUCAAAAGCUUUAAUUUACCCAUGCUAAUGCUGGGAGGUGGUGGCUACACAAUCCGUAAUGUGGCCCGGUGUUGGACGUAUGAGACGGCUGUGGCAUUGAACACGGAGAUCCCCAAUGAGCUUCCUUACAAUGAUUACUUUGAAUACUUUGGCCCGGAUUUCAAACUCCACAUCAGCCCUUCCAACAUGACCAACCAAAACACCAACGAAUAUCUGGAAAAGAUAAAGCAACGUCUCUUUGAGAACCUGAGGAUGCUCCCCCACGCCCCUGGUGUGCAGAUGCAGCCAAUUCCAGAGGAUGCUGUGCCGGAGGAGAGUGGCGAUGAAGAGGAGGAGGAUCCCGACAAACGGAUUUCCAUCCGCUCUUCAGACAAGAGAAUCGCCUGUGAGGAGGAAUUCUCGGACUCGGAAGACGAAGGGGAAGGGGGUCGCAAAAACGUUGCCAAUUUCAAAAAGGCUAAACGGCCAAAAACAGAAGAGGAGGAGGAGAAGGAGGAUGAGGAGAAGAAAGAAGUAAACGAGAUAGAGAAGAAAAAAGAAGAACCAGCAGAGGCCAAAAGCAUAAAGGAAGAGGUGAAAUCCACCUAAGAAACGUUGGACAGCUGGGGAACAUCAUGCCUCCCUGGUUCUCUGAUCCAGCACCCUGGUUCCCUCACUUUUUCCACAAGAUUUGUAUUUUAUAUGUUUCUGUUCAUGAUUUCUGUAAAUCUAUGGGGGACUUGAGAUCUGGCUGCCCUUCUCUGGGUGAGCUGCCAGGAAGGCCUGAACCGGCUUAUCCCAGGAAGUGCCGUUUACGAGAUUCCUGCUUCUCACUUCCCCCCUUGCUUUUGCAUUGGGGAGAUUAAUGUGUUUCCUUUUGGAAAGCAAACCCCAAACUUCCCUUUGCUUUGUCUUGGCUUAUGUUUUUAAAGGAUGACUCUCUUCUCGGAGAAGGUAAUUUUUCAGGGGAAGCUGGUCAUCCAUUCUCCUUUUCUUUUACUAGUUUAAUGAGGUAUGGAUACAGCCAUAAAACUCUCCAGUUAAUUGGGGUGGGAUGUGGGGGAGGUGGAAUCCAGAAUUCCAAACUAUCUUACCCAUCUAUUAAGUGUCUCUGAAAGGUUGAUCCCUUCUGAGCAACCAUGAAUGUAAACCAUGGUUUAUUCCCCAACCCCAUUUGACAAGUCCCCCCUACGGGUAUCAGCUCUGGAGUUGCAGGGGAGGCUCUGAUCUCAUCCUGCUUGUAAUAGG